AUGGAAGGUGGCAGAGAGGAAGGAGAGAGACUAACGCUUGUGGUUAGAAAGCCCUAUUUUGGGCUGCCCACCGCCUGCCCGAGAUGCUUGCCCGUCUACAUUUAUCUCAAAUUUUCCAAGAUCCCAUUUGAUUUGGAGUACAAUGGCAUUCGCCCUGAUUCUGAUCAGAUACCCUUUGUUGAAUCCGGGGAUUACGUGGCCUAUGAUAACGAGAAAGGUGGAGUCAUUCAGAAAUUGAAGGAAGAUGGCAUUAUUGAUUUGGACUCUGGGGUCAGCGGUGUACCCGAAUGGGUGUCUGUAAGGGCGAUGGUUGAGUCGUGGCUUGCAGAUGCAGCUAUGUACGAGCUCUGGUUGGGGUCUGAGGAUAAGUCAGCUCAGAAGAUCUAUUACUCUGACCUCCCUUGGCCAAUAGGGAAAUUUCUGUACCAUAAGCAAGUUCGUGUUGUGAAACAAUAUCUUGGGAUCACGUCAGAAAAUGCAGAAAGAAGACAAGAAGAGAUAUACGACAAAGCAGUCCAGGCUUAUGGUGCACUAUCAUCUUUGUUAGGGGAACAGUCAUUUUUCUUUGAAAGCAGGCCAACGAGUUUGGAUGCAGCUUUUCUUGGGCAUGCACUCUUUACCCUGCAUGCUUUACCUGAAACAUCGGUUCUAAGAAGCAAACUCUUGGGUCAUGCUAAUCUCGUUAGUUAUGCCGAGAAUCUUAACACUGAAUACCUAAAUGCAACUUCAGCAUCUUCAUCAGUCCCCAAGACAGAUCCUCCAUCAUCUUCAAGGCGUAGCUCUUCGUACUGGAGAUCAAAACCUAAGAGUAAACCUAAAAGGGAGAAGACGGAGGAUGAAAAGAAGUUUAGAAGACGGGCCAAAUACUUUCUGGCAACUCAACUUGUGGCCGUUCUGGUUUUCGUGUCGUUACUUGGUGGGUCUAAUGAUGCUGAUGUGGAGCUUGGAGACGACGAUGAAGUGGAUUACGAGUAG